UUUCAGCAGCGCUCGCGUGCGCACAUCAGAGCCUCCUCGCGGGUUGUGGAGAGGAAUGGAGAAGCCAGCAAGCGCGUGCAGUUACACCUUGUACACAGAUGGCCGUGUGACUCCUAUCUUGUAAAUUAUGUACAUACAUUAACGUCUGAAGGUAUCUGCAUGUAUAAGUGUAUAUACAUUUACGUCGCCACAUCGACGACCAACGAAAGCAAGCAUCAUCUGUGUGGCACGUACCGUUAGACCUCCUGCCUGCUCUAGUAUAGAUUUAGAAAGACUCGACUAGUUGGGAUUUUCAAACUUGGAUUUACCGACACGCACUAAUGGUGAAGCUCAAAUUUAAAAAAGGAUAUAAUUUGAAAAUGAGUCGUAUCUUGCAUAAUCUGAUGGAAUAUUGCUGUUAAAACAAUUAUAGGCAAUGAAGUGCAAUUUAAAGGUCGCUUGAGCAACGUUUGAAAUAAUUUGUGUAGCUACAUAUAAAUUAUAGGGCUUGUUUAGCUAGCUUGCUAGCUGUCUGGGUUACCAGUUUGCCUAAAAAAAUCAGAACGGACGUCAACGAGAUGGUACAUUUAGGAUUUACCUGAGGAGAUUCACCUUAAGACUUUGAAGGAGAAGAUUAUCUAGAAGAGGAGGAAGAGGCCCUAGCUUCCCUCAGCUUCCCUCUCUUUCCCAGAGACAUUAAACACUCUCCUUUGCCUCAGCGUGUGUAUAUAGUAAGGUUGGCUGAGGUGAGGCUUUAUUGAGGUGCCUAUUGAGGUUAGUCCCCUUGGUAAGGUGCACAGGAAAGGGUAAGCACUUUAGGAGAUGGAGAGAAAGAAAGUAAGGACAUAAAGCUAGGACGGAGUGGAGAUAAGAAGCACUGUGCUGCUCAUCCUCUUUAUGCCUCUGUAAAGACUCUAAAGAAAGGAGAGAGGAGGACGGGAGCCUCUAGUGGCAGGGCCCAGCCCCGUAGUCACCAGCAACACUGGAAGAACAGCAGCCAGAGAACCUAGAAGCUGGGUAAGAAGAGGACCACAGAAAGAGAGGAGAGACGGGGACUGAACGAGAACCAGAGGGUCGGAGGAGGAGAGGACGGGGAGCAGGAGGGGCAUCCCCAUGGCGACGGACCCUGGAGAACCCACGGGGACAGAGGACUCCUCAGAGAAACCUGAUGGAGUGCGAGAGGAGGAGACGGAGCAGGAGGAUGGCAGGAGGGAAAGGACGCAAAGUACCCCCUCUGACUUCCCCUCCUCCCAGGCCCAGGAGAGGAGAGCCGCCGAGGGUAGGGAUACAGGAGAAGGACCAAGAGGAGGCGGAAGCAGAGGAGGGCGAGGAGAGAUGGAGGACAGAGAUGUUAAGGAAGAGGAGAUGCCUCCGUUUAGACCUAUGUCUCUCUCCACACCCUCAUCCCCGGCUGCGACCGUGGUGGCUUCAGGGUCAGGAGGUCAUGGGCCGAGGCUGAGGAGAGAGAAGCGUUUCUUCAGGAAGAGUGUGGAGAUCUGCGAGGAGGAGGACGAGGUGGCGGCAGACCCCCCAGAUGUGUCCCACUCCGCCCCCCACCUGGAUUCAGUCUUCACCCUCACCGGGGCCCAGGCCCCUACCGCCACCGCCGCCUCAGCUUCCGCAGCACUAGGACACGACACCGCUCACCAUGACCCAUCCAGCCCCAGCACCACCCAGGACCCUGGGGCCAAGGACGCCCCCUCCUCCGCCCCUGCCCAGACGGGGAAGGAGAGGGACAGGGAGCAGGAGGAGGAGGCAGAGAUGAAGGCCGUGGCCACCUCACCGGGGGGGAGGUUUCUGAAGUUUGACAUUGAGCUGGGGAGGGGAGCCUUUAAGACCGUUUACAAAGGCCUAGACACUGAGACCUGGGUGGAGGUGGCCUGGUGCGAACUACAGGACCGUAAGCUGACCAAGGCGGAGCAGCAACGUUUUAAGGAGGAGGCAGAGAUGCUGAAGGGACUCCAGCAUCCUAACAUUGUCCGUUUCUAUGACUCCUGGGAGUCAGUGCUGCGAGGGAAGAAGUGCAUCGUCCUGGUCACCGAACUCAUGACCUCGGGGACACUCAAAACGUAUCUGAAACGCUUCAAGGUGAUGAAGCCUAAGGUCCUGAGGAGCUGGUGUCGUCAGAUCCUGAAGGGCCUUCACUUCCUCCACACCCGGACCCCUCCCAUCAUCCACAGGGACCUGAAGUGUGACAACAUCUUCAUCACGGGCCCCACCGGCUCCGUCAAGAUAGGAGACCUUGGACUGGCUACUCUCAUGAGGACCUCCUUUGCUAAGAGUGUCAUAGGUACUCCUGAGUUCAUGGCUCCAGAGAUGUACGAGGAACAUUAUGACGAGUCAGUGGACGUCUAUGCCUUUGGGAUGUGCAUGUUGGAGAUGGCCACCUCAGAAUACCCCUACUCAGAGUGCCAGAAUGCUGCACAGAUCUACCGUAAAGUCACCAGCGGUAUAAAACCAGCCAGCUUUGAUAAAGUCAACGACCCAGAGAUUAAAGAGAUCAUCGAGUGCUGCAUCCGCCAAGACAAGAAUCAGAGGCUGUCCAUCCGGGACCUGUUGACCCAUGCCUUCUUUGGGGAGGACACUGGGGUGCGUGUGGAGCUGGCGGAGGAGGACAUGGGGUAUCAGGAGUGUCUGGCCCUCAGGAUCUGGGUGGAGGAUCCCAAGAAGCUGAAGGGAAAACACAAAGACAACGAGGCCAUUGAGUUCAGUUAUGACCUGGAGAAUGACAGCGCAGAAGAGGUGGCUCUGGAGAUGGUGAAGUCAGGCUUCUUCCAUGAGAGCGAUGCUAAAGUGGUGGGAAAAUCCAUCCGCGACCGUGUCACGCUCAUCAAGAAGUCCCGUGAGAGACGCCAGCAGCAGCUGCUCCAACAGCAGCAAGGCUUUGAUGAGAGACGGGACUCCACCCUCACCUCCUCCUACACCAGCUCUUACCCCUCCUGCACCUCCUCCCUGGGGCCUGGGGUGGCUGGGCUGACAGGACGAGGCGGGGGAGGUGGUGGGCAGGGGGAGGCUGAGGAGAUACCAGAGGCAGAUCAGCAUAUGAGGCAACAGCAGCAGAUCCACAGUGGGAGCCCUCUGAGCCUGCCCACAGGAGGGGAGAGCAUUGUUUCAGCAAGCUGUGAGUCCUAUGCCAAUGGCCAGAGCCAGGCGUACCCUCAGCAACGGGAGUCCUACGUGCUUUCUCAAUCCAACCUCCCUGCUGCUGCUUCGGCAAUUUUGGCCCACACCAAAAUGUUCCCAAUUAGUCAGAGUAGAGGAGUUCCGAAUGUGCUUAUUGGUCAGAGUAGUGGGAUUUCCGGCAUGUCCAUUGGCCAAAGUGGUGGUGGGGCUUCUGAUGGUCAGCAGACUUACGUUCAGCCUGUUGCCAUGCCAACACAGGUUUCACCAGGUGUACCACAGCAGUAUUCACAGUCAUACCACUCAGAUGGGUCACAGAUUGCACUAAUGGCCCCUUCCCUGUCCUACGCACCCCCAGUCUCCCCCCAAGCCCAGCUCAACAUCCUCCCAGCUCCCAUGUUAGCGGGGGACCCAACAGGACGAGUGGGGGCCAUGGUCCCUCUCCCACAACAGGCCCAGGCCAACGUCACUCCCAAUGUCAUCCAGAUGACACCCCAGCCUUUAACCCAGCAAGCACUGCCUGACAUGAUCCCACAGCAGCAGACCAUUGUUCAACAACAACAACAGAUGCUGAUGGAGCAGCAGCAGCAGCAGCAAAUGGAGGCUCAACAAGCCGCCCUGCUUCAGCAUCAUCAACAACAGGCCAGUGUAAUUCCCCAGAACCAGGCGGUACUGAUACAGCAACAGAUGGAACAACAACAGCAGCAGCAGCAACAGCAGACUAUAGUAAUCCAACAGCAGCAAACUACUGAGCCACAGCAGCAAGUGUAUGUGCAGCAAGCUUUGGAUCAGCAGCAGGCCUUACUACAACAACAACAAUCAAUGGAACAACUGCAACAUCAGGCCUUACAACAACAACACCAAUCAAUGGAACAACAGCAGCAUCAGGCCUUACAACAACAACAACAACAAUCAAUGGAACAACAGCAGCAUCAGGCCUUACAACAACAACACCAAUCAAUGGAACAACAGCAGCAUCAGGCCUUACAACACCAACAAUCAAUGGAACAACAGCAGCAUCAGGCCUUACAACAACACCAAUCAAUGGAACAACAGCAGCAUCAGGCCUUACAACAACAACAACACCAAUCAAUGGAACAACAGCAGCAUCAGGCCUUACAACAACAACACCAAUCAAUGGAACAACAGCAGCAUCAGGCCUUACAACAACAACACCAAUCAAUGGAACAACAGCAGCAUCAGGCCUUACAACAACAACACCAAUCAAUGGAACAACAGCAGCAUCAGGCCUUACAACAACAACAACAAUCAAUGGAACAACAGCAGCAUCAGGCCUUACAACAACAACAAUCAAUGGAACAACAGCAGCAUCAGGCCUUACAACAACAACACCAAUCAAUGGAACAACAGCAGCAUCAGGCCUUACAACAACAACACCAAUCAAUGGAACAACAGCAGCAUCAGGCCUUACAACAACAACAACAAUCAAUGGAACAACAGCAGCAUCAGGCCUUACAACAACACCAAUCAAUGGAACAACAGCAGCAUCAGGCCUUACAACAACACCAAUCAAUGGAACAACAGCAGCAUCAGGCCUUACAACAACAACAAUCAAUGGAACAACAGCAGCAUCAACAACAGGGGUUGUCAUUGCAGCAACAGCAAUUGGAUCAAACCCAAGCCUAUGCGCAACCACCGCAAAUCGACGUACAGCAACAACAGCAGCAACAACUGCAACAGCAGCAAAUAUUGUUACUACACCAGCAGCACCAGAUAGAACAUCAGCAACAACAACAGGCAAUGUUACUAGAACAACAACAGCAAGGGUACAUACAACAGCAGCUUGAGCAACAGCAGCAACAGGCUUUGAUACAACAGCAACAACAGGCGCAACUACAACAGCACCAACUGGAGCAGCAGCAAGCGUUGUUACAACAGCAGAUAUUUGAGCAACAGCAGCAGCAAGCGCUGUUACAACAGCAGCAACAAGAGCAGCAGCAACAGCAAGCCUUAAAGCAACAGCAACAACAGGCACAGCUACAACAGCACCAGCUAGAGCAACAGCAAGCGCUCCUACAGCAACAACAGCAACAACAACAACAACAACUGGAGGCUCACCAAGUGAGCCAGAUACAACAACCACAAAUGGAUUUACAACAGCUGCAACAACAACAGCAAGCUGUGCUGAACCAACCGACCCAACUACAACCACAGGCGGUCGUCAGUCAUCCAGUCAAUCCACAGCACCAGCAGGCUGUGCUUCAGCAACAGUUGGAACAACAGCAAGCCAUGCUACAACAGCAACAGCUUCAACAGCAACAAGUGAUUUUACAGAAGCAGCAAUUGGAGCAACAACAGCAGCAAGCUCUGUUACAACAACAGAUUGAACAACAACGGCAACAGCAGGCACUGCUACUGCAACAACAAGCGGAGAGAAUUCACCAACAGGGUUUGCUACAACAGCAGCAGCAACAGAUUCAACAACAGCAAGAGACUGGGCAAACGCAGCAGCACCAGCAAACCGCCAUAAUUCAAGUACAACAAAGCGAGAAACAAGAGACCGCUUUAAAUCUGCAACAAUGUGAGCAGCUGCAAGGACUGAUUCAACAGCAACAGAUUGAUGUAUGUAUGUUGCAACAACAACAGCAAAACCCUGCUUUGUUUCCACCUAGUCACACUAGCCUAACCCAGCAGCAACUGACAGAACAACAGCAAGUGGUGCUGAUACAACAACAACAACAACAACAACAAAAACAACCUAUCUUACUGGAGCAACAACAACAAGCAUACGUUGCCCAGCAACAUCAGCAGCACCAUCAGAGCUCUGUCAUUGAACCUCAGCCUCAGAUCCCCCUUAUAGCCCCAGCCAUACCAGCAGCAGAGGUUAUACAGGCCAUUCAGGUCCAAGCUCAGAUGGCCGCCCAGGGUCAGGAAGUGAUACCUGUAGCCAUUCAGCUACAGAUUUCCAGCCAAGCUCUACCGGCUGUAGUGCAAGCCCAUGCCCAAGUCCUGGCCCAGAUUCAAGCUCGGAAUGAAGCUCACCCUCAGAGCCAGGGUAAUGUCUCAGUCCCAGUACUCCAAGCCAAGCCUCAGCCUCCACACCAAGCCCAGCCCCAGAUGAUCGAGGUCCAGAUUCCAUCUCACAUGGUGGCCCCAAUCCAGGCACCAAGUCCUCCGAUCCCUAUCCAGCCUCAGGUUCCUCUGGUACAGGCUCCCCAUCAGAUGCCAGCUCUAAUACAGGCCCAGGCGCCAGGGCAGUCAGUUAUCCAGCAGACUCCCCAGCCUUUGCACCUAACCCAGGCCCUGACUCAGAUUCCAGAAGUUCUUGAGACUCAGAUGAUGCCUCCUAAGCAGCAGAGCACAGCUCUGGUCCAACCCCAACCUCCAGUCUCAAUACCCCUCAUGCAAAGCCAGGUCCAGCCUCAACCCCAGCACCAGUCUCUAGUGCAGCCCAGUGUUCAACUUCCAGAGGUGGUGCAGCCUCAACUCCAGCACCAGGCUCCGGCCAGCCUAUUGGCACCGCAGUAUGUCACUGCACUUCAGCCCACCCAACAGCAACAACAGGACAUCACUCAACAAGUUUUACAACAACUACAACAACAGCAGAUACUGAAGGAUCAACAACACGACAUCACUCAACAAGUACCACAACAACAACAGCAGAUACUGAUGGAUCAACAACACGACAUCACUCAACAAGUUUUACAACAACAACAACAGAUACUGAUGGAUCAACAACACGACAUCACUCAACAAGUUUUACAACAACAACAACAACAGCAGAUACUGACGGAUCAACAACAGGACAUCACUCAACAAGUACCACAACAACAACAACAGAUACUGACGGAUCAACAACAGGACAUCACUCAACAAGUACCACAACAACAACAACAGAUACUGACGGAUCAACAACAGGACAUCACUCAACAAGUACCACAACAACAACAACAACAACAACAGCAGAUACUGAUGGAUCAACAACAGUCCAUGCUGCAGAACCAGCAGAUGAUGCUGUCCCCUGGGUCUGUUGGUGUUGGAACUGUCCUUUCAGCCCCUGCAGCCAAGGUCCUAGCCCCUAACACCUUGGUCUCUGCUUCGUCCCAACACAUACAACAACAGACUGGACAAGCUCCAGCCCCCAUCCAGCUGGCUCUGCAGUCCCUUCCCCCUCAGCAGCAGAAAGUCUCAAUUCCCCCUCUCAACCCAAGUCAACUGGCUUCUCCGCUUCCUCAGAUCCCCGCACAUCUGUUGCCCCAGCAGCCCACGGUUAACCCAGCACAGAUAGCAGCCCCCAGUAACGUGCCCCAGCUCGGGACUCAGACUAGAGCCCUACCCCUCUACAGUCAGGUAGGAGCAGGAGGUCCUUCACCAUCCCCCCAGCACCAGGCUCAGCUGACGCAGCCGCUACCCGCCCACACACACACCCAGACGGCCAUGCAAGCUCUCGCAAACACUCACACCCAGACACUGGCCCAGACGAAGGUCCACACCGAGACCCAGCUCGCUGAGGCCGCAUCGGAGGCUGCCACCACCGAGCAACAGCACCCUCUGAAUCCCCCCCAGGCUACUUCCCUCCCUCUUCCACACAUGUCCCCCUGCCCCACUCAUACAGCAUAUCACCCCCACCCUGCCUUCCUGCCACCCCUCCAUCCUGCUACCCCUGGCCCAGAGACCCAGCCCACCCCACCAGAGAGUCAGCUAACCCUGCCUGGCCUGGCUGAUGGUCCCCCGGGCCCCACUUCUCCCCCGCCUGUUGCCGCCGCUGCUGCCCAGCCCCUUGAUUCUAACGCCCCCUCGCUGCUGCCCCCAGCCUCAACCUCGCUCCCAGACUGUGACACUGCUCUGCUGAGCAUUGCUCAGGAGAGUCCAAAACAGUCUGACACAGAGAGACACUCCACUUCAGGCUCUGUUCCAGCCAAUGGGGAUGGGGAUUUACAGAUGUUGGCCAAUGGGAAACUAGAGAGGGUGAAGUCUCAGAGGAGAUUGUCCUAUCGGGGGCCAGAAAAAGGAUCACAUGCAUUUCAACUGACCAUGAUUCAGGUGUCCGGCUCUGGGGACAACAUGGUGGAGUGUCAGCUGGAAACCCACAGUAACAAGAUGGUCACCUUCAAGUUUGACACCGAGGGAGACGCACCUGAAGACAUUGCAGAUUACAUGGUGGAGGAGGAUUUUGUCCGUGAAUCAGAGAAAGAGACAUUCGUGGAAGAGCUGAGGUCCAUUGUCAAGAGAACGCAGGAAAUUCUCCUCACACAUCAACAGACUGGCUCUAUGGAACAGCUGCAUGUGAGCACUCCAACAGGCACAGCAAUGGACGGGGAGCCCCAGUCGUCUCCGGUGGGCAGAUGGAGGUUCUUCAUCAACCAGACAAUCAGACACAGAGACUCCACAUCAAACCAGGGAGGAGCGUCAACCCCUCCACCUCUCUCGCCCGGCGAGGUCAGGUUGCCUCAGUCUACAGACACUGACCGAGAGUGGGAUGGAGGAUCCCAGAGAUCGGACUCCUCCUUUGCUGAAAUGGUUUCCUCUCCUCCUAUCUGCCCCACCUCCACCUUGUGUGCCCUGGCCUUUGCCUCCUCCCCCCCUGCCUCCACCUGCAUCUCCACCGUUUCUACCCCUGCCUCCAUGUCUGCCCCCCCAGCCACUGCUGCCCCCACUCCUGACACGACUGCCUCUGCUGCCUCUGACAGAAGUGUUUCUGACCUGGCUUCUACUAGUGCAGCUGUUGCCUCAGUCCUACACCCAGUCCCCGCUGCCUCAGCUGGCCUAGACCUGCAGGCUUACAUCCACCAAACUACCAGUACAACCACAGCAACAUCCUCCAUUCCAACCCAUGACCCAAACACCGCUACCAACUUCCCAGUCCCUGCCAUGUUAGCUGCUUCUGCCACCAUUGCUCCCUCUGCCACAUGCUGUCUAACUGAAGCUCUGACCUGCUCCAUGGUGAGCCAGGGCCAAGGCCCAAGCCUGGGGGAUGUAGUAACGGUGGCAACCCCAGGGCAGUGUGUGUCUGGUGGGGGCCACUCAUUCACCGGCUCCAUCCACCCUCCAGUGGCUGUGGCUACAGCUGUGGCCUCUCCUCCUGCCAGCCAUGCAGUUCUGGAGCAGCAGCAAAACUUUCUGCCUCAGAUUCAGUGCAUGGCUGCCCAGCCUCAAGCCCUGCCUCAGGCCCAGGUCCAGUUACAACAGCAGCUCCAGACAAUGCAACAGGUACAGCAGCAGCAACAGCAACAACAACAACAGAACCUGCAGGCUGUGCAACUCCAACAGGUACAGCAACAACAGCAAGUGUACCAAGAGCAGAUACAACUGCAGCAGCAGCAGCAGCAACAAGCGUUGCAAAAAUCUAUUGAACAGUUGCAGAUGCUGCAACAGCAACAACUACAGCCACAACAACAACAACAACAACAACAGCAGCAGCAGCAGUCUCAGCUACAUUUACAGCCCCAGCUCAGUCAGACAAAGCCAUUACAAAAACAGUGUAUGUCCCUGCAACCACAGACAGAGAUGUUGCCACUGGCACUACAACAACAGAUACAGCAACUGCCUGUCCAAAUGCAGAACACACAGUGCAACACACAGUUACACAUUCAACAGCCACAGCCACACCAGUUACCACCACAACAACAACAACUACACCAGUUACCACCACAACAACAACUACACCAGUUACCACCACAACAACAACUACACCAGUUACCACCACAACAACAACUACACCAGUUACCACCACAACAACAACUACACCAGUUACCACCACAACAACAACUACACCAGUUACCACCACAACAACAACUACACCAGUUACCACAACAACAACAACUACACCAGUUACCACCACAACAACAGCCACAGCUACACCAGUUACCACCACAACAACAGCCACAGCUACACCAGUUACCACAACAACAACAGCCACAGCUACACCAGUUACCACAACAACAACAGCCACAGCUACACCAGUUACCACAACAACAACAGCCACAGCUACACCAGUUACCACCACAACAACAGCCACAGCUACACCAGUUACCACAACAACAACAGCCACAGCUACACCAGUUACCACAACAACAACAGCCACAGCUACACCAGUUACCACAACAACAACAGGCACAGCUACACCAGUUACCACAACAACAACAGCCACAGCUACACCAGUUACCACAACAACAACAGGCACAGCUACACCAGUUACCACCACAACAACAGCCACAGCUACACCAGUUACCACAACAACAACAGCCACACCAGUUACCACAACAACAACAGCCACAGCUACCACAACAACAACAGCCACAGCUACACCAGUUACCACAACAACAACAGCCACAGCUACCACAACAACAACAGCCACAGCUACCACAACAACAACAGCCACAGCUACCACAACAACAACAGCCACAGCUACCACAACAACCACAGCUACACCAGUUACCACAACAACAACAGCCACAGCCACAGCUACCACAACAACAACAGCCACAGCUACCACAACAACAACAGCCACAGCUACCACAACAACAACAGCCACAGCUACACCAGUUACCACAACAACAACAACAACAACAGCAACAGGCAGCGAUUGACCUGCAGCAACAGCAUCAGCAACAGUUAGGUCUGGAACAGGCACUAGAUAUUCAGCAGCAACAGGAAAUGCUCCAACAACAACAACAGUCUUUUAUGGCUGGAACUGCCAUACAGGGAGAUGUGUUGCAGCAGCAACCUGCGCUGCUAGCCCAGUCAGUGAACCAACAGUAUGUCCAACAACAACCAGUACAGCUACUAAACAUGGCACUGGUGCAACAACAGCAAGCUCAUCAACAACAACAACAACAACAGCAACAAGAGGUUAACCCUCAGCAGAAGCAUCAGGUGCCCCAGCAGGAGCAGCCGUCGUUCCAACAGUCAGAGUGGGAGCUGUCUACAUGGGAGGCCAUUGUGACCGAGGAUAAAGUCAGUCACUCUGCACCUCUACACCACUCCUCAGACUCCACUCUGCCCCUCAACAUUAACACAACCUCCGAUGCCCCCCUACACCCUCUCUCCCUCACCCUGACACCCUCCCCGGUCCAACCAUCCUCUGUGGCUGAGUCGGACAGCGAGGGCCCUCCCAAAAUCGAGUUUGUAGACAACCGCAUUAAGACUCUGGAUGAAAAGCUGAGGAACUUGUUGUAUCAGGAGUAUAGUAGUGGGGCAGCUGUGACGGGGGGAGCUGCUGUGGUUUCUACCGCAGGUCCCACCGCAGUGUCAGCAGCCUCCACAUCGGCAGGAGGGGAUGAAUCCUCGGAGCCGCACUCGCUCCAUCCCUCCUCCUUCCCUACUCCUGCCUCCCCCUCCUCAGACACCUCUCCUCAUUCCUCCUCCUCCACCACCUCCUCCACCUCCUCCCGCUCCUCCUCUACCUCUCCUGACCUGGAGAGGGGGAGAGGAGUGGGGGAGGAGUCUCCUCCAACAGGCCCGGUGGAGCAGCAGCCCGCCCCGUCUCUCUCCUCCGCCUCCCCCCCUUCCUCUCCCCUGGCCCCGCCACAUGGAGACUCUGCCGGGCCACCGCCUAUCCCUGGAGAACCCACCGUUCUUGCUGCCCCCUCUCACUCUGACACCAGUACCCCAGGAGAAGUCACUACGUGGCCCCCCAAUCUGCACCCCAUCCCCCUGGGCCAUGGACCGCCACAGCAUAAUGCAGGAGGUGGAUAUUUUGGCCUAAACCUGACAUGUCCUAGUAUCAGAAAUCCCGUUAGCAAGAAAUCCUGGACUCGCAAAUUCAAAAGCUGGGCGUGCAAACUGCGCCACUCCGCCAGCUUGUUCAAGAAGCCCAGAGUCAAGCAAGAUGGUCACUCUAGAGGCAGCCAGGCAGUCAGAGAGGGAGCUUCCUCCAACCCUACCCACUCACUCAAAGGACGAUUUCGGGUCACCGCAGUGCCCCAGCUCCCCGAGGCCUCUCCCCCCAAAGAGGCAGCCUCCAGUAUAGGCAGCAGUCACAGGAAAGUGGGGCGCUUCUCUGUCACCCAGACGGAGGCCCAAAGAGAGGAGAAAGAGCUAACAGACAGCUCCCCUGUGUCUCCUGACCUGGAGAGAGAAAGGAGGAGGGCCCGAGGGAAAGAGGGAGAGGAAGGGAAGAAGAAUCCAGCACUGAGCCACCCACCCCGAGGACAUGGGCAUGGUCACUCACCCCUAGGCAGUAGUGAUGAUGAGGAGAGUGAAAUGGGGGGUGAAGACCUGAGGAAGGAGCUGCACAAGCUGAGAGAGAAACACAUCAAGGAGGUGGUGUCCCUGCAGGCUCAGCAGAACACAGAGCUCCAGGAGCUGUACAAACAGCUCCGCUCCCUCAAAGAGCACCGGCCUACCCUGCCUCUGCCUCGCACUCCAACCCUUCCCUCGGGAGCGUCAGCCCUCUCCCCCCGCAGGCCCCGCCCGGCCAAAGCCAAGCUCCGGCCCAGACCCCACAUAGACAACAAUGGAGUCACUGGUCACCCUGGUAUCCAGCAGUCCAGUAGUUUUUCAGGUGGAGAACAGAGCAGACUACCACCGUACUGCAACCCAGAACACACCAGUCUACUGACUACUAAAAGAGACCACAGUCCUCCCUCCCAAGGUGCCAGGAAGAGCACGUUCACAGAUGACUUGCACAGACUGGUUGAUGAUUGGACGAAGGAGACAGUGGGUCCCACCCAUCCCAAGCCCUCGCUCAAUCAGAUCAAGCAGAUUCAGCAGGUGCAGGAGUUGAGAGGCUGGCCACAGCCCACAGAGGUGGCUCCUCCAGGUUGGUUCCCUGUGGCACCACUGAACCCCCAGGCCUCCCCAGCCCCAGCUCAGUACACUGCUGGGGGGAGCCUGAGCCAGUGGACCGGGGUGGGGGGACCACCAGGAUCACAGCAACAACAACAAACACACAUGCCUCAAGUCCCACAGCUGCAGCAAAGUUUACAUCUCCAGCAAGCCCAGCCUCCUCACCCAUUACAGAUACAGCCCUUUCAGCAAUCACCUCUAUGCCUACAACAACAGCCCCUAAUCCAGACUCCACUACUGUCUCAGUCCCCGGCUCCUGUACAGCCACAGACUGGGCAACAACAGAUACCCAAGCAGCCCAAUGUAGGUGUAGGAGCCUCACCACAGAAUCAGAAUCAACCUAUGUUGCCUUCCCAGAUACCCCAAAUGGCCCCGUCAUCUCAGCUGGCCCUAGCCCAGCCUGGGUGUCUGAUUCCUGGGUCUAGCACAACCAUGGUGGUGGGAACCAUAGACACUGGACCUGCUGCUGCUGCCACCGGUGGCCCCGGAGGGACAUUCUGCUCCUCCUCCUGCUGCUCUGCUGCUGCUCAACCAUCCAGUGCCAAACUUCACCCCACGCCCCCAACCUCAACUCUUCCUCUGGGACAGCAGUGAAAUUAAGAAAAUAUAAAAAGGGAAGAGUGAUGUUGAUUAUGAUGGAACGAGGGAAGGAGAAAAAAGAUGGAGAGUGUGUAUGUUAUGAGAGGUAAUGUCUGAGGAUGAGAAAAUGGAAGCCAGUGGGUUUGUAAAGAUGAGAUGGGGAGUGAAUGAGAGAGAUGGUUGAGUCUAUGUAGAGUAUGUACAGACAGAGGGGAAAUUUGGAACUCUGGGUGGGUUAUUGUUGUAUUUGAGUGUUGAGAUGUACAAACUUACAUAACGUUUGUGUUUGUGUGUGUGUGUGUGUGUGUGUUUGUGUUGCCAUUGAUUUUCUCAAUACAUAUCUCUUGUGUGUUUUGACACCAAGUAACAGUCAUGUUAUUUUUUUAAUCCAACUAAGUUGGACCCUGAACUCUUCUCCCAAGCAGAGACAUGAAGGAACACAAACAUUAGGAAAUUAUUAUUGUAUUUGUUAUUUUUUAUUUGUCAAUGCUUACUUAUAUUGAAAAGGACUAUGGAUUUUAGAAGUGCAAUUACUAACUGCCAUCUAAAUGUUAUCAUCCUGUAUUGUCGUGAUUUGUCUGUAAGGUAUUUAACAAAAUAUUUUUGUAGAAGCACGUUGACAACAUUCAACCAGACAUUUACAAGCCAAUACAGUGAGCCAACAUCUUACAUGAAUAUAGCACAAAUGUUUCAACAGGCUACCAAUGAGAUGUAAAGCAGUAGCAACAACAGCAUGUUACAGUAACACCACGGAGCAUGGUAAUAGUGGUGCUACCUGGCUAUUAUCACUACCACAAUGUCACUAAGCAUACUGUUGUACGGUGUAGUGCACUGGCAAGGCAUGUACUUUGUGUAUUGUUAUAUUUUACAUUGAUAAGUAGUGGUAACAACUAGGUUAGAAGAUUCAAAAUAACAAGUUGAUGAGUAACAUGAUUAAAUUCUGAUCAAUUGAUUUCCUUAAUACACUGAUAAAUGUAUUUAAUUGAUGAAUAUGUUCAGUGGGCUUUCAUUUAAAUCUUACUGAAUAAACACACUCGAGACUAAGACUGCAUGAUCUUACGGCUACAGCAUACCUUGACUUGCCUGAAUUUAGUGCAAUCUACUUACACGUGUGCUUAUAUAUUUAUCACGUCUGCUGCUGUGCACAACAGAACUCCGAGGUAACUUAUUGAUCAGGAAUAAAUCAAUGUUUUAUUUGAGCUAAAAUAAAUACAUUUGUUUUAGAUAAAUGUUUUAUUUCCUCUACCAGUCUCAGCCCUGCAUAUUGAAGGUGUCAUCCAAGGAAAACAAUGAUGAGAAAACAAACAAAAUGCCAAGUAAUUUCAUGGUAAUGGAGAACCCAUGUAAAUGUAUAGGGGCUGUUCUCAUAUUGCCUUUUUGAAUUAAUACUUUACUGUGUGUGUGACUGUGCACCAAAAACAUGGACUAUGUACAAGAAUUGCUAUAGUUUCUAAACGGUUCACCCUAUAUGAUGAAAAUACCCUCAGAUUAAAGCUGACAGUCUGCACUUUAACCGCAUAUUAAUUGUAUAAUUUCCAAUCCAAAGUGCUGGAGUAUAGAGCCGAAACAACACAUAAUGUGUCACUGUCUCAAUACUUUUAGAACUCACUGUAUGAGACAGACUGCUUCAUAUUGAAUUGAAAACUCACCCUAAAACUACUGAAAGUGGAAGGACAAAAACAAAACAUUGACAUUUCUAUUGGGGAGCUAAAACAGUUUGUGCUUACGCUUAUGGUUGUUCGAAAAGUAAAACCGUUACAAAUUGCAUAUGAAUAUAGAGUUUAACAUGAUGGUUUUCAGUAUUUGUUGUUUUUUUAUUUGUUUUUUUAUGAGACAACCUACAUUUUCACAGUAAUAUAGUUGCUAAUUAUUAGUGGAGUGGAGGAAGUUACUGUGCUGUCAAGUCAAUACUAACAUGUUGACCAUAUGUCACCGCUUAAUGAUAUUCAUGAAAAGGAAACGUGGAACUCACCCUUUCCUGAAGUGUUACCAAAAUGUAAUCUAAAAGAAGAAAAUAUUAUUUUUGUAUUUCGAAAUGGGGUUGUACAAAAUGUAAAAUUGUGUUCUUCUGAUCAACAUUUAAAAUCUGAGGUUAUCUGAUACAAUAAAACAUUGGUUCUCAUCUCUGUUGAUGGAGUCCCCUCCAUGCAUAUAUUAUGUUCCUCUUAGACUAUGUGUUGAAACAGAGCAACAUCAUGUUUCAAAUUACGAGAGGUUUUGUCAGCGUGGAUAUAAUCAUAGGAAUAUCUCAACUUGUUUUAUCUCUAUGGUAAUAUUGUCUUACAUUUCACAUCUUGACUCACUGGACAAACAACAAAACAUUAUCAAGGGGCAGGCAUAGACUAUCUAUAGGCCAUUGGGAUCUUCUAUAUGACACAUACUUGAGUGUCCAGAUAUUACACUAGAUUGGGAACCAAUGAUUUAUAAAGAUAUUUAAACAGAAAAAUAUCGUAUGUUGCUGGUGAUUUAGCCUCUGUAAAAUGUUAACUAAUUUAAUUGUUGAUUUUAUUUAUGUUUUGUAACUAAUGAAAAAUAAAUGGUGUUAAACAUCAAACUGUUAA